GAGGAGGAGGAGGAGGAGACGGCGGCUGAGGGCCAGGUCUGGAAGGAGCAAGGAGCGUGCGUGGGAGCCGGGCGAGCGCGGGGCUGCGGCACAGCGGGACGGGACGGGACAGGACGGGACGGGACGGGACGGGAGGGCUCAGCUCUCCCCGCCACCAGCGUGCUGCACUCCUCCUUCAUGUCGGGGAAGCUGAAGAAGAGCAGGAAGGCGGCGCUGGGGGAGAAGCAGUGGCAGAGCCUGGAGGAGAGGGGCAGCGCGGGCACCCAGCCGGGGUCGCACCCCGCACUCACCAGGUCCAAAACCUACGACCCUUCCUGUAAGGAGACGGAGGAGGCUGAAGGGGCUGGAGGCCGGCACGGGUCCCUGUCCUCCUCGCUGAACAAGCGCAGCUCCAGCUUCCGCAAAGCCUUCGAGGAGAUCGCCGGGCGGGAAGCGCUGCUGGCCUGCUUCUCCUGCGCCUGGCAGCGAGAGGUGCCCUACCAUGGCCGCCUCUACGUCUCCUCCGGCCACGUCUGCUUCCACGCCAGCCUCCUGCUCAAGGACAUCAAGGCUGUUGUCCCCGUCACGUCCAUCUGCGCCCUCAAGAAGACCAACACGGCGCUGCUGGUGCCCAACGCGCUCAGCAUCCGCACGGCCGAGGGGGACAAGUUCCUCUUCGUGUCGCUGCGCCAGCGGGAGGCCACCUUCCAGCUCCUGAGGUCGCUCUGCAAACAUCUGCAGGACAACGGCUGGAGCCCCCUGGCCUCUCCCCUCAACAGCAGCACCGCACAAAGCCUGAAGAAGCCCCUGACCUCGAGCCAGUCGGACCUGGAGGAGAGCCCUGCAGAGCCCGACAGCCUCCUGGAGCCGCCGGAGGAGGCGAGCCAAGCCAAGGAGGAGGCAGCAGCGACAGCAGAGGACGCAGCGGCUGCAGGCGGAGGGGACCCCAGCCCAGCGCCCCGCACCCGAACUGCUGCGCCACCGAGCCCCUUCAGCACCAUCAUCCUCAUCUACCUGCUACUGAUGGUGGCCCUGCUGCUGACCUCGGGGUACAUCGGGCUGCGCAUCCUGCAGCUGGAGCAGCAGCUGGCGGCCGCGGGGGCUUGGCCAGACCUGGACCUGUUGCACCAGUGAGGGGGGGGGGGGGGCAGCAGCCCCUCCAUCUCCAUGGCACAACGGGAACCCCCUCACCCUGCCUCCCCCAGGAGGGGCAAGGAGACGUGAGGCCAGCAGGGACCUGGUCGUCACCAGCAGGGGUUGGGGGUGGCUCCAAGCCUGAGCGCCUUCCAGCCCCCCCCAAGGAGCCCCCGCAGGCCGUGGGGCUCCAUCUCACUGCCCCCACCUCACCCCCCCCCCCCCCCGAGCUCCCUGCGUGGGGGCAGGGGCAGUGGCCUGGGGGGCAGAGAGGACCCAGGGGGUGGCUGGAGUCAGCUCCCCCCCCCCCCCAUGGGGGGCCAUUGCAGGGCUGAUGGGGAUAAAGGCACCGAGCUAUUUAAUUAAUAAAGAGGCGAGGGGGUGCUGCCUGUGCCACAGGACCCCCCCUCACCCCACCCUGUG